AUGCUCUCUCGAAGAAAGAGGACCAUAACUGGAAAACCUGUUGCGAAACAUGUACCGAAGAUCAAACCUUCCAAGGCCAGGAAGAUAAUUAGACGUUUCCAUCUAUUGAUUCAGAAGAGAAGAGUGAUAUGCAACAAGCUGCGAUGUGAUAUAGUAGAAAACGAUGAAGAGGCCAACGCUAUUAAUAUUGAGAAUUUUUUCCGAAAGAAUAAAACUUUACAGGAAGAUUUUAAUAAGGGCAAAAAGUCUAGACGACCAAAUCCAAGAUUAGAGGAAUUACUUGUUCAUGUGCAAAGCAUUGAACACAGUCAGCAAUUAUGUCAAAUUCUUGGUUAUAUAUGUGGAGAAAUUGAAGAAGAUGGCGGUUUGCAGAAUUACCAAUUUGCUAGUACAGUUGGUCAGGAUUCCAACAGAGGUGGUGAUUCAUCUAAACAAUUGGUAAAGUGGUGCAAAGAACUCGGGGUGGAUAAAGCUCUGGGUAUGAAUGCGUUGGAAUUGGGAUCCCUUAGUGCGAAAAAUCAUAUUUCUGUGUGUGGUCUCUUUAAUCCCGUUGUUAGGAUUGAUCUUAACUCAAAUGAUACUGUAAAUAUUGAAAGGCAGGAUUUCAUGAAAAGACCAUUACCAAAGGAUGAAUCGCAGAGAUUUGACCUGAUAUCAUGCUCACUUGUAUUGAAUUUCGUGCCGACACCCCUUCAAAGAGGCCAAAUGAUACUUCGAUUCAAACAGUUUCUGAAAUGUAACAAGAAAACGUAUUUGUUUCUAGUUAUACCUCUACCUUGCUUGACGAACUCAAGAUACAUGACUAAAGACAGAUUCAAUGAAAUCAUGCAUGCGCUAGGGUAUAGAAAAAUAAGAUUUAAAGAAGCAAAGAAGGUGGCUUAUUGGCUUUACGAACUCGAACAAUCUGAAAACACAAUGUGUUCCUCACAAAAUAUGAACCAAUUCGCCAAAAAAGCAAAAUUAUUGGACAAACCAGGCAUGAACAACUUUUCAAUUACAUUUCCAAACAGGCAACCUUCCCAUCAAGGCAUUUAUACAACGACCAAGCCCCUGUUCUCUAGGUAA